GAAUAAGAAUCAGAAUCAGAAUCAACAUCUACAGUUGAGAAUCUCCUGAAAUUUUUACAAUAGUAACAAUAAUAAGUUUACUUUUUCUGAUGAAAAAUUUGCAAAUCUAAUUGUUAAUCAUGUUAAUCAACAAUCAAUUACCAGAUUACAAUUAUCUAAAGUGAAAAAAAUCAACUCCAAUAAUCUAAUCUAAUAUCACCAUAGGUAACAUGGUUAUUAUUUUCAUCAGUUUUUAAUGUAAAUUCAAAUCAAACUGUUAAUUGUUCAAUUUAACAAUCAUCAUCAUGCCAUUGAAUACUUAUCAUAAGUUUCCAGUGUAUGGCCCAGAAAAAAUUAACAAUCAAUUGAUUCAAUCAUCACCAUUACCAUCAAUUAAUCACAGUAAUUUAACACUCGUAUCUAAACUGGGAGCAAGUCAUCUAAUUUACAUUGGAAUUGCAUCAGGUUGUACGUUAAUUGUUCUAAUUGUUUGUUAUAUAAUUAAAUCGGUUCACAAUAAACGUAAAAAAUGUUACGAUGCAAUCGAUGAGACAACACGGACAAUCAUCUCGAUGCCUCAAGCACGAAGAGAAUCAAAUAAAUCUUUCCAAGGUGUUUGUGUUUAUCAAAAUCAACCAAUUGAUUUCAUCCUCCCUGGAAUAUCAACUCAUCUUCAACCAGCACCAACUCCAAGUAGAUUAAAAUCACCUUCUCAUCAUUGUUCAGAGACACAACUACAAUGUUCUAAUGAUCAAAGCUUAAUUGCUGAUUUAUCAAGAUCUGAAUCUCUUGAAUCGUUGAUCAUCACAAAAUCUGGUGGUUCGGAAGUUGUUGAAAGUGGAUCGAGUAAACUUGGUGGUGACAAUCAACUGGAAAGACCAAGAUCCUCUUUGUUGGGUGGAUUAAAUCCUGAACUUUAUCGUAUCGGUGGAGUUGAUCUUGAAGGUGAAGAUGACGAUUUCGAUAAUCAUAGAGGUAGAAUUUGGUUCAAAGUUAAUUACGAGGAAAAGAAUGAGCAACUUACCAUCAGUUUACUGAAGAUCAAAAAUUUACCCUCAAGGGUAAAAGGAUCAGUAAAUUGUUCCGACCCAUUUGUCAGAAUUUACCUUUUGCCCGAUGGAAGGCGAUAUGUUCAAUCUAAAGUUAAAAAGAAGACCUGUAAUCCGAAAUUCGAUGAAAAUUUUGUAUUCCAGGUUCCAAAUAAAUCAGUUCAAGAUAAUUCACUUCGAUUAACAGUAUUGGACAACGAUAGAGGAAAAAGACACAAUGUAAUUGGCCACGUUAUCGUUAAGCUGAAAGAUCUUGACUUCAUUUCGUCUAAUCCUCCACUUCUUUGGCGAGACUUGGAAUUGGAACAAGAUGAGCCUCCAUCUGAAUCUGGUGAAAUAAAUGUGAGCCUUUGUUACAAUCCGAUGAUUGAAAGAUUAACCAUAACCGUUUGUGAAGCCAAAGACUUGCGGUGGCCUGAUGAAACACCUCUAGAAACUUGUGUUAAGAUUAGUCUAUUUACCGGAAGUAAAUUGGUUAAAGCUAAGAAAACAUCAAUGGCGAAGAGAAAUUUCCAGCCCAAUUACAAUGAGUCCUUCCAUUUUAAACUGAAUCAAACAUCGGUGGCGAUUUCUCAUGUUCUCAUUCAAGUUAAUCUCGUUCAUGUUACAACUAAAGCUGAUAAAUGUCUGGGAAGAAUCGUCCUUGGUUCUCACAUGUUUGCUCGUGGCAAAGCCUUGGAACACUGGAUAAUAGCGACUACCACCACACCUCAUAAACAAGUUCGACAAUGGCACAAGUUAACCUGAACUUCAUCUUAAUUGCUUAAUACAAUUGACCAUCAACAGAAUAUUUUAAUCAUAACAAUCUAAUGAGUCAUCUCAUGUAAUAACUUUUCCAUGUUUUCUGUUGGAACGAUUUUUUCCCUUCUAUUUUACAUUAUCAUGAUUCGUCGGAGCCUCUUUAUGAAUAUUCAAAUUUUCUGGAAGAUUUUAAUAGAAACCAAUUGGAAACUAUUAAUAGUAAUAAUAAAUAAUCUUCAUGAAAAUUUCGCCA